AUGGCCGCCAAGAUAUUUGCCCUCCUUGCACUCCUUGCUCUUUCGGUGAGCGCUGCAACUGCGUUCAUCAGUCCACAGUGCUCACCAGUUACUGCUGCGGGGUAUGAGCACCCAAUUGUGCGGGCCUAUAGGUUACAACAGGUGCUCACGGCGAGCAUCUUAGAACAACCAAUUGCCCAAUUGCAACAGCAAUCCUCGGCUCACCUACUAGUUCAGACCAUCGUAGCGCAACUGCGACAGCAACAGUUCCUGCCAGCGCUCAGUCAACUAUCUGUGGCAAACCCAGCGGCCUACUUGCAGCUGCAACAGCUGCUUCCUACAAACCCACUGGCUGCGGCGAAUGCCAUUGCAUACCUGCAACAACAACAGUUACAACAGUUCCUGCCAGCGCUCAGUCAACUAGCCGUGGCGAACCCUGCCGCCUACUUGCAACAGCAACAGCUACUUCCAUUCAACCAACUGGCUGGGGCGAACGCCGCUGCAUACCUGCAACAGCAGCAGCCGCUUCCGUUUACCCAGUCGGCUGUUGCAACCGCUGCUGCCUACCAUCAGCAACAGCAGCUGCUACCAGUUAACCCAUCGGCACUGGCUAACCCAUUGGCUGCCGCUUUCCUGCAGCAGCAGCAGCAAUUGCAGCCAUUCGACCUGAUGUCUUUGAGGAACCCUGCCUUGUCGUGGCAGCAACCCAUCGUUGGAGGCGCCAUCUUCUAG